AUGUCGGGCUUCGGAGAGUACCCGCCCAACAUGGCGCCGCAGGAUGCGCUCAUCGUGCGGCAAGAAGCAGAGCCCGACCACGCCGUCGUCCCCUACACGGGCGAGGAUCUCGCUCGCCCCAAAGUCGGCCCCGCGAAUCCCUUCAAGGACGAGACGGUUACUCUGAAGCGCAAGAAUGUGCUCACAGGAAUGGCCGAGGAGACGUACAUCUCGGAACACACCUUCCGCAGCAAACACCGCGCCAUCGAGAGGAAAGGCGGCCCGGAGCGCGAGUACCAGACGGGCGCUGCUGUCAAGGAGGAGAACGCGCGCAUCCGCUCGGCGCGCGAGGGCAAGGGCGACGCCACCGUGGUCGAGGGUGAUGGCGCCUACGUCGGGCCCUGGGCGCGGUACAGGCGCGACGAGUACGAGGUCGUGCGGGAAGGCGACGAGCUGGCAAGCGACGAGGAGUACGAGGAGGUGACGGAUCCGGAGGACGACGACGUCGUUGAGAGCGGCACCGUGCUGCGCGCCCCCGAGGCGGCGCUGGCUAGGCGGAAGGAGGUCGAGGAGAUGGGCGAGGAGACGACGACGUUCCACGGCGCAGAGGAGACAGACUACCAGGGCCGCACCUACAUGCACGUGCCGCAAGACCUCGACGUCGAUCUGCGCAAGGAGCCCGGCAGCUUCACCAACUACAUCCCCAAGAAGCAGAUCCAUACGUGGCGCGGCCACACGAAAGCCGUCACGGCGCUGCGCUUCUUCCCGGCGUCGGGCCACCUGCUACUGUCGGCGUCGGCCGACUCGACCGUCAAGAUCUGGGACGUCUACCACGACCGCGGCCUGCUGCGCACCUACUCGGGCCACGCCAAGGCCGUCUCGGACGCGACGUUCAACAACACCGGCACGCAGUUCCUGUCGGCCAGCUUCGACCGGCAGAUCAAGCUGUGGGACACGGAGACGGGCACGUGCCUGAGCCGCUUCUCGACCGGCAAGACGCCCCACGUCGUGCGCUUCAACCCGUCGCCCGAGCACGCCCACGAGUUCGUCGCCGGCAUGUCGGACAAGAAGAUUGUGCAGUGGGACACGCGCGCCGGCAACGAGAUUGUGCAGGAAUACGACCACCAUCUCGCAGCCAUCAACACUAUCACCUUUGUCGACGAGGGCCGGCGCUUCAUGACGACGUCCGACGACAAGUCGCUGCGCGCGUGGGACUACAACAUCCCAGUCCCCAUCAAGUACAUCGCCGAGCCCUACAUGUACCCGAUGACGCGGGCGGCGCCGCACCCGAGCGGCAAGUACGUGGCCUUCCAGUCGUCGGACAACCAGAUCGUCGUGUACGGGGCCAACGACAAGUUCCGGCAGAACCGCAAGAAGUCGUACCGGGGCCACAACAACGCCGGCACGGCCAUCGACGUCAGCGUGAGCCCGGACGGGCAGUUUCUGGCCAGCGGCGACACGCAGGGGUUCGUGUGCUUCUGGGACUGGAAGACGUGCAAGAUGUACCACAAGCUCAAGGCCGGCGACCAGGCCGUCACCUGCGUCGCGUGGCACCCGCAGGAGACGAGCAAGUUCGCGUCGGCCGGCGCCGAGGGUGACAUCCGGUACUGGGACUGA